GGUGGAUGGAUGACUGGAGUUUCCCUUGCGGUCUGAAGAUUAAUGGAAGGGGUCUGUUGAUCUUAGGAAUCGACUAUCAGAUGGUCGGUCCCAGGAAACCGCUGCACUUGAUGCCUGGUUUAGAAACGAAUGGGGAGAGAUUCGUUUGAAAAUACCGACGGCGGAGAAAAAGAGUAACCCGGACCCCACUUGUGUUGCCCGGGUCUCCAGUGAACAGGCCUGACUACACAGAGAUAGCACCUGGUUAGUUCAGGCCGGGAUAAGACUACGAGGGACGCGACGAGCUUGUUCGUGAACAUUAGGACAGAAAACGGCUUUAGACGACCCGUCUCGUGGCCCAGACUGGAUUCUGGAUAAGCCGAGUCGUCUCUGGACAUAAAGGACAGCCGAGUUACAUCUUGCUUCGCCGGGGCUCGCUUGGAAAUCCACGAGCUAACACUAGAGAAGCUAACGUCUACUGGCCACCUCUGCGGGAGUUAGCUAGCCUGCUAGCUUAGCUAACCUUAAGCUUUCAGUGUCGGCUGCAGGCUUGUAUUUACUCGUUUGGUCGGAGUUUGGCCGAAUUCCUCGAGGGGAGGUAUUGGAGGAAACACAUUUACGCUCGGUGGUCAAUAAUGGUAGCUUGUAGCUAGCUGUCAGCGACAUUGAGCCCAGCGACUGCGUUAGCGGUGUAGCAUCCCUCAUCGACUCGUAAAGGAAGACUCGGUCUGAGCCCAGGGACUCCACCAUCAGCCUGCUAUCAUGGGCAACACGCCCACCGCGAAGAAGGGCAAUGAGAUGGAGAGCGUAAAGGAGUUUCUUGCCAAAGCCAAAGAAGAUUUCCUGAAGAAAUGGGAGAAUCCAGCACAGCAAACUGCGGCAUUGGACCAUUUUGAGCGUUUGAAGACCUUAGGCACUGGUUCUUUCGGCCGGGUCAUGCUGGUUAAACACAAAGAGUCGGGCCAGCAUUUUGCCAUGAAAAUACUUGACAAACAGAAGGUGGUGAAGCUGAAGCAGAUAGAACACACACUGAACGAGAAACGUAUCCUGCAAGCCGUCAGCUUUCCCUUUCUGGUGCGACUGGAGCACUCUUUUAAGGACAACAGUAAUCUGUAUAUGAUAAUGGAGUAUGUACCCGGCGGUGAAAUGUUCUCCCACUUAAGGAGAAUCGGUAGAUUCAGUGAACCCCACGCCCGCUUCUACGCAGCCCAGAUUGUACUUACCUUUGAAUACCUCCACUCGCUGGAUCUCAUCUACCGAGAUCUUAAGCCGGAGAACCUGCUCAUCGACCAGCAAGGAUACAUACAGGUAACAGAUUUUGGAUUCGCGAAAAGGGUGAAGGGACGGACCUGGACGCUUUGUGGCACCCCAGAGUACCUGGCACCAGAGAUCAUCCUCAGUAAGGGUUACAAUAAAGCAGUGGACUGGUGGGCUCUGGGAGUGCUGAUAUAUGAGAUGGCUGCUGGCUACCCCCCCUUCUUUGCUGACCAGCCUAUUCAGAUUUACGAGAAGAUUGUAUCAGGGAAGGUUCGCUUUCCCUCCCACUUCAGCUCAGACCUGAAGGAUCUGUUGAGAAAUUUGCUGCAGGUGGACCUGACCAAGCGCUUUGGCAACCUCAGGAACGGAGUCAACGAUAUCAAGGGCCACAAGUGGUUUGCCACCACCGAUUGGAUCGCCAUCUACCAGAGGAAGGUGGAGGCUCCCUUUAUUCCUAAGUGCAAAGGCCCCGGUGACACAAGCAACUUUGACGACUACGAGGAAGAGGAAAUCAGAGUCUCCUUCACAGAGAAGUGUGCAAAGGAGUUUGCUGAGUUCUAGAUUCCAUCCAUGUGUAGCAGAGAGAGAGAGAGAGAGAGAGAGGGGUUUAGAAAGUAAAAAGGGGGUCGGAAAGGAAGGAAGCGCUAGGGUGGACUGCUAACUUGCUUAUUUGUAAUGACGACAACAAUGUAACCCCCCCCCCCCCAAUUGGAAAGGUAGGCAAAGUGAAGAGAGAUCCAACAGAACCAGCAGUGUUGCCUUUUCUGAUUGUUUCUCAACUGUUACCUAUUCAGUUUUAUUUAUCCCUCUUGUGUUUGCCACAGGGGCUCGAAGAGAACAGGCAUAGGUUGUGGCUGUCCAGCUAUACUUGUAUCUUUCUGACGGUGUAAUGACAUGUUUUCAGUCUUUGCAGGUUGAGGAAUUGAUUUUCUGUUAAGGUACUGAAUCUGCUAGGCUCCUCCUUAUUUUUUCGGACUAAGCCCUCUCUACAAGCUUCUCAAAGAGUGAUCGUUGUAUCUUGUCACCCUGGUUCCCCCACCCCCUCUCCAUCUCUCCAUCCUGAAUCUGUCCAAGCAAUACCAAGUCCAACAGAUGUGCCUAUCAUAAUGCCAACUGGUUGGAAAACUGUGUCGAAAGCAUUGGUGCAGAGCUUUGGCUACGGUGGCAUCAGCCCUUGUGCCCAUUUGGUUUAAAGCUUGAAAACUCUCUGCAUCUGCCUUUGUCUGCUAAAUGUGGCAUGCUUAUUGGGUAGACGAUGCACUCACUGCAGCUGAAACAGCGGUGACCUCUUUGAUCAGAGUGAACAUGAUUUAUCACGGUAAACUUCAUCCAUGUCUUGCUCCUUUUGGGGACCUGUGAGAAAUGGUAAACCUGAGGUUUGCAUUUAAGUCUGUCUUUCUCUUAGGUAAAUUUAUUAGAGCAUUUUAAGAAUCCUAUUGGUGAUCAUUUUGUCCUUUUUAUGUCAAUCUCUGUGCUUGUGUGUUAUUUAGUGCUCAUGGGUGGGUUAAAAAGCUGUGGUUUAGCAGCAACUAACAUUGUGGUCACACUCCUGACUUGUUUAUUUAAUAAAUAUAUAUAUAUAUAUAUAUAUAUAUAUAUAUAUAUAUAUAUAUAUAUAUAUAUAUAUAUAAUUACAUCUUUUUCAAGAUUGUCUCAUAGGUGUGAAACUGAAAUUAAGAUUUCAUAAAUAAAUAUAUAAAUUCUGCCAAAUUUGCAAACUGAGAACUUUGCAAAGUUUUCUGUAUGUAACUAUGACGGUGGUGGAUUUUAAUACGCAAAAAAGUAGCAAAACGUUUCAACAAAAUGUGCAUGUUAUUUUUGUACAAUAUCACUUUUAAAGAAAGAUGGCAGAGCAUUUAUGCUUUAUUUGUGCUGAGGUACCUGAGAUCGUGGAUAACAUGCUUAACUAUUGAAGUGGACUCUCGGCUGCUCUGUUUUGAAGCUGGAACAAGACCCAGUUCAAUGUGUCAGAAAGUUCUUCUGGGCUUUGUUCAUUGAUCAGUUGUAGGACAAAAGUUUGCUGAUAAUUGUCACUGAACUUGUGCUUCUUACCGUGAGGAUUUUUUUUUUUUUUUUUUUUUUUUUUUUUUUUUUUCCCUUUUCCUCCCUUCCCCCCUUUCUCUUGUGUAUAUUCCAUACAUGUAACACCUUCAGAUAGAUUUGCAGUCCAACCAAAUUUGUGGGACUGUUGAGAUUGGAGUGUUUUGUUUCCGUUUCCCAGCUUUCUAUGUAACAAAUUAAACUUAAGGAAGCUAUCCUAAAGCUGUCCCCUUUCGCCAAAUUUAUUUCUGUGGAUGCAAGACAAUCGCAGACCAAAUCUCAUUGCUGGUUUGUUGACUGAACACUUGGUUUGAUGAAGGAUGUUUGCCCACCCCCCAACCCCACCCCCUCCCCCCACCCCAUAGGCCCUAGGUGCUAGACUUUGUCCAUCUCACUGAAAAGCUUCUGUGAAUUGUUAGAUGUGCAUCAAUUUGUCAUAAAGUCUUGUACCAUGACAUUUUUGAGAAUGUUUUUCAACUCCUAAAUGAUUUCGGUAGGCUUGAGUAAUUAUAUAUUUUUUUGGCUGUGUCUUUUAAUGUAAUAGAGAUCAAACACAGGAUACCUUUUGAAUGUCUUGAAUUGUCUGAUGGAGAUGGUUCCAA